AUGGCAGCGCGAAAAGCAAUUACUCCCACAGUGCGGCCGGUGAGGACGUCCAAAAGAGCUGACAAAUCAUCUCCUGCAUUUAUGGAAAGAAUGCCAUCUGAGAUCCUGAUCAAGAUCCUGUCAUACCUGGACGCCUCCGCUCUUUUCAGCAUCAGUCACAUCAAUAAACUCUUCUAUCAGCUUGCCAAUGAUAAUUCCCUGUGGAAGAAGAUCCACAUAGCAGAGUUUAAGAAGAAGAAAAAGUCAAAACAUGAGUGCAUGGACAAGGUGCUGCCAAAGAUGGCCACAGUUGAGGUUCGUGAUCAGGCUGUGGGCUACUGGAAGUGGCUGCACUUCAAGACUGUCGCUGCAUAUGACAUGAACAAGUGGAAAAGACAUCUUGGACUCAUCAGCCGUCACACUGGGCUGCCCAGCCAAACAGAGCGGGUCCUCAGAAACUUGCAUGUCACUUGGGAGCUAACAGUCUCUGAUAAGUCAGGGCAUGAGGCCACUUUUGAGCUGCGCCGGUCCCAGUUCUUUGAGACUUCUGUGACUCUGUGCUGGAGUGGAGGCUGUUUGCCCGACUACCAGCAGAUUUCUACCCUGCAACUCCACGGUGUCAGGAGGAUAGCUCUCAACUGCCCCGGCCUAAAGAAACCUGGCUGGAGGUCCCUCAUGGCAAGGUUAGACAUGGAGACUCUAACUAAAAACGCACAGGGUUUUGGCCAGGACAGACUGGUUGAACUGAAGCUGCUACAGCCUGGCAUCAUUGUUGGUGUUUGGAAGGACCAGCGCUGCAUUGCCUUUCUCAUGUUCACCCUUCACUUCCACAGGCUGGUGGAAAAAAGUAUCCAGGGAUCCUCUGAUCGCCCCUAUGUGGAGUCAAUGGUCAACCCCCCUUUUGAUGACAUAGACCCUGAAUACGGUCUCCAUGGUUACCAACUACACAUUGUUCUCCACGACACUGCAUUCGAGAUUAUGUCUGAAAGCUUCUCCCAGCUCUUCUGCCGGAGAACUCAGAUCUGUGACGGACUAAUCCAACUGACGGCCAUCAGCAGGACCAGCUUGUCGCAGCAUAUACCUCUGUCAGGCAGCAUCAUCCUGCCCUGGAAGUGUGAAGCCCUGCAGGGUGCAGUGGAGAAUUGCUGCAUCAUGAGUCUGACUCUGCUGGAUGAAUCCAAGAAACCCUUUUGGUGUGUCAGCUCUCCUGUUUCCAUGAAGCCGGUAAAGAUGCCCACUUCUUAUGACUACGAUGGUGAGCACUUCCUAAUCCACUAUCAGGACUCUGAUGGUCAGGUGAAGAUGAAUCUUGUCUGGAUGAAGGAGCAGAUGCAAUUUUUACUUAUUAGUUUAGUUGUUUAUGUCACUACUUGCAAAGUCAACAAGCAUUUCAGUAGAGAUUACUGAACCUGCAGUAUUUCUGGAACAAGUUUUGAGGUAUUUCAUCAUUAACGUUGCAUGCUAUGAC